UUCUUCCUGUAUUCAGCAGCAGAGUGAAAAAUAAUCAGAAAGAAUGGCUUCCCUAGCAGCAUCAAGGGCCGCAGCCUCCCUUGGAGUGUCGGAAAUGCUCGGAAACCCAUUGAACUUCAGCGGAGCUUCCCGUUCUGCUGCUCCUACCUCAUCUACCCCUUCAUCUCUCAAGACCGUUGCUCUUUUCUCCAAGAAGAAACCUGCUCCUAAGGCCAAGCCUGUCGCUGUAUCCCCGGUCGACGAUGAGCUUGCCAAGUGGUAUGGUCCUGACAGGAGGAUUUUCUUGCCUGACGGACUCUUGGACCGCUCUGAGAUCCCAGAAUACUUGACCGGAGAAGUACCUGGAGAUUAUGGAUAUGACCCAUUUGGGCUAAGCAAGAAGCCAGAGGACUUCGCAAAGUAUCAGGCAUUUGAGCUAAUCCAUGCAAGAUGGGCAAUGCUCGGAGCAGCUGGUUUCAUCAUUCCUGAAGCUUUCAACAAAUAUGGUGCCAACUGUGGUCCUGAAGCCGUCUGGUUUAAGACCGGUGCUUUGCUUCUCGAUGGUAACACCUUGAACUACUUCGGAAACUCAAUCCCAAUCAACCUCGUCGUUGCUGUCAUUGCUGAGGUCGUCCUCGUCGGUGGUGCUGAGUAUUACAGAAUUACCAAUGGCUUGGAUUUUGAGGACAAGCUUCACCCAGGAGGACCAUUUGACCCAUUGGGAUUGGCAAAGGAUCCAGACCAGGCUGCAAUCUUGAAAGUGAAGGAGAUUAAAAAUGGGAGACUCGCAAUGUUUGCAAUGCUAGGGUUCUUCAUCCAAGCUUACGUCACCGGAGAUGGUCCUGUUGAGAACCUCGCAAAGCACCUUAGCGAUCCUUUCGGAAACAACUUGCUUACUGUUCUUUCUGGUAAUGCUGAGAGACUUCCUACCCUAUGAUUAGUUUUGUUUUUAAUGUCAAUGGCAGUGUACAUUAUCUUGCUCAGAUAUUUUAUAACUUCCGAAACUAAAUCUGAGAGUUUCCAUUUAUAAAGAUUUCCCAUUAAUUAUUA